CCACCAACUCACUCGUCAACAUCGUACCAUGAGCAGCGUGCCCAAGACCCUCCUGAAAGUACAGCAAGCCAAGGUGGUGUCCGCCGUGACCCAGGGCAUGAAGUACAUUGGGACGCACAAUGGCACGUUCCAUUGCGACGAAGCGCUGGCUGUGUCACUCCUCAAGAUGUUGCCACGCUUUGAAUCGCACGCCAUUUUGCGCACGCGCGACUUGGAAAAGUUAUCGCACUGCGAAGCCGUGGUCGAUGUCGGCGGUGAAUAUGACUUUAGUCGCAUCCGGUUGGACCAUCACCAAAAGACGUUCGCGGACACCCUAGAAGGCGAGAACAUCAAGUUGUCGAGCGCUGGGCUUGUAUACAAGCACUUUGGUCGUGACAUUCUACAAACCAUUUGCGACCACUCGCUGUCCGAAAACGUGCUGGAGGUUAUGUACAAGAAGAUGUACAAGGGAUUCGUGGAACACAUUGACGGGAUCGACAACGGUGUGGAAGUCGCGUCCGGAACGACCAACUACUCGAUCACGACGUCCCUUAGCGCUCGGGUCGGCUACCUGAACCCGCGGUGGAACGAAAGUCAGUCGGACGACUUUGUAAACGGCCGCUUUCACCAGGCCAUGACCUUGACCGUGUCCGAAUUUGUCGAGCGCGUGCUGUACUACUACGAGGCAUGGCUGCCGGCGCGAUCGAUCGUGGAAGCGGCACUCAAGAGCCGCUUUCAGCUGCACGAGUCUGGCGAAAUUAUGACGCUGGCGUACUGCCCGUGGAAGGCGCACCUGUACGACAUCGAAGCGGAGUUGCUCAUUUCUGGCCAAAUCAAGUUUGUUCUGUACGAAGACUCGACGGGCGGUAUGUGGCGCAUCCAAGCUGUUAAUGUCGAAGACGGAAAAUUCGCGUUGCGCAUGGGACUGCCCGCCGCGUGGCGCGGACUUCGCGACGGAGACCUCGUUGCCGCGUCUGGUAUUGAAGGCGGGACCUUCGUCCAUGCAGGCGGAUUCAUCGGCGGCAACAAGACAUUUGAUGGCGCAUUGCAAAUGGCAGUCGCAACACUUAAGCUCGCCAACUAAGCUUAUCGCGCUACUCGUGAAUUGCUCCUUACGUAAACCCUGUUGUCACUGUCCUAAAACGGCCGAGGUCACGCAGGUUUUACUGUACGCUUGCUACAGUCAAAUUGUCGUGAAACUCACAACCCCAACAUGGGCAGCUCCGUCCGAAGAGUGAUCAUGCAGGUGCCGUUCAAAACUGGCAAGCGUCCUCCGGCGCGAUCGCCUUCAACUUCAUUCAAGAGGCUCCGAAGCAAGCGUCGUACUCGAAACAGUUGCGUGUUAGUUGAAGUGGGAUGCUCAAUAAAGUAACUCUGUCAAACACGACAACGAGUGACGUCGUGGCGAAGUACGGCACAUGAACACAAGGCAUCCUGGGACAGCUUCGCAUGCGGAAGUGUCAUGGAGACAGGAGUUGCAGCCAUCGCGAUGGAU